CGCGCCAAAAAGCAUCAGGACUUUUACAGAAGGACAAUCCAUGGUGUUGUAUCGCAGAAGACGUGCAUAUAUUUAUUUAUUUUUUAGAAAUGCAACACUGAGAGAAAAUAUAAGAAAUGCAGAAGAACAACUGGUGCUACAACGAAUAGCAAAACAGUAAAACCGCUCAUGUGUAGCCUAUCGUUGUCCAUCUUUGUAUCCUAGCAACCGAUGUGUUGCUCAGAGUCAGAUUAGUUAGCAGGCUGUAUCUGUUGCUGGGCCAAAGACGCGGUUUUUGGGGGUAUUUCUGCUUAAUAAGGCUAUCAUUCAACACUUUUUUCGAUGGAGAAUGUGCAUCUUGUCCCAGAGGAAGAGGAGGAUGAUUUGUAUACAGGCUACAAUGAUUACAAUCCCACUUUUGACUCAGAGGACCUUCACAAUGACGUGGCCUUCCAACAGGCCGUCAGGACAAGUCAUGGCAGGAGACCCCCAAUGACAGCAAAAUUUCCUGGCACUGCUAUUGGAGGGCGACCGAUUGGAACAGCUUAUGGGUCUCGAGUGCCUAUUGGCACUGCUAUGGGACGGCCUAUGACUGGAGCUGUUCAGGAUGGUGCAGCUCGUCCCAUGACUGCUGUUCGGGCCGCAGGAUAUUCUUCAUCAAUAGCUAGAGGCUCUGCGUUUGAUCCACUGGGACAAUCAAAAGGACCGGCUCCUCCAUUAGAGACAAAGAAUGAAGACACCCCAGAGGAGAAGAUAAAGAUCCUUGAAAAGAAGGUGAAUGAUUUGAUAGAGGAGAGCUGUCUCGCUCAUGCACGUGGAGAUCUUCAGGUGUCUCUAGAAAAAGCCAAAGAAGCAGGCAGGAAGGAAAGAGCUUUGGUGAGACAGAGAGAACAAACAGGCACUGCAGACCACAUCAAUCUGGAUCUGACAUACUCUGUGCUGUUUAAUUUAGCAAAUCAGUAUGCCAACAACGACAUGUACACCGAGGCCUUGAACACUUACCAAGUCAUUGUGAAGAACAAAAUGUUCAAUAAUGCAGGGCGAUUAAAAGUGAACAUGGCAAAUAUAUAUUUCAAGCAAAAGAACUACACAAAGGCUAUUAAAUUUUAUCGCAUGGCUUUGGAUCAGAUCUCAAAUGCACAUAAUGCGAUGAGGAUAAAGAUCAUGCAGAACAUUGGAGUUGUGUUCAUACACAUGGGCCAGUACUCAGACGCCAUCACAUCCUUUGAGUACAUCAUGACUGAGAGCCCCAACAUAAAAACAGGCUUCAACCUCAUCCUGUGCUACUAUGCCAUUGGAGACCGUGAGAGGAUGAAGAAAGCCUUUCAAAAACUCAUUUGUGUGCCCCUUGGGGUUGAUGAUGACGACAAGUAUAUCCCACCAAAUGACGACCCUCAUGCAAACAUGGUGAUUGAGGCUAUAAAGAAUGAUAAGCUUCAUCAAAUGGAAAGAGAGAGGAAAGCGCUAGCUGAAAAAUAUAUUAUGACCUCAGCCAAACUCAUUGCUCCUGCAAUCGAGACGUCAUUUGCAGCUGGGUUUGACUGGUGUGUGGACAUGGUGAAGGGAUCCCAAUACGUGGAGCUUGCAAAUGACUUGGAGAUCAAUAAAGCCAUUACCUACCUAAGACAGAGGGACUUCAAACAGGCAGUUGAGACGCUAAAGAUGUUCGAGAAGAAAGACAGUCGAGUAAAAAGUGCAGCUGCCACUAAUCUUUCUUUUCUUUACUUUUUGGAAAAGGAUUUUGACCAGGCUGACCGCUAUGCAGAGCUGGCCAUGAGCGCUGACCGCUAUAACCCCGCUGCCCUCAUCAACAAAGGCAACACGUUGUUUGUGAAGGAGGACUACGAGAAAGCAACAGAGUUUUACAAGGAGUCUCUUCGUAAUGACUCAUCCUGCACUGAAGCGCUCUACAACUUAGGUUUGACUUAUAAGAGGCUGGGUAGACUGGAGGAAGCUCUCGACUGCUUCCUCAAGCUGCAUGCUAUCCUUAGAAACAGUGCUCAGGUCAUGUACCAGCUGGCUAAUCUAUAUGAAAUGUUGGAGGACCCUCAUCAAGCUAUUGAGUGGCUAAUGCAGCUCACAAGUGUGACCCCUACAGACGCACAGGUGCUGGCCAAACUUGGAGACCUCUAUGACAAUGAAGGAGACAAAUCUCAGGCCUUUCAGUAUUAUUAUGAGUCAUACAGGUAUUUUCCCUCAAACAUUAGUGUCAUUGAGUGGUUGGGAGCAUAUUACAUCGACACCCAGUUCUGUGAGAAAGCAAUUCAGUACUUUGAGAGAGCUACCCUAAUUCAGCCGACGCAGGUGAAAUGGCAGCUGAUGGUGGCCAGCUGUUACAGGAGAAGUGGGAACUAUCAGAAGGCACUUGAGACCUACAAAGAGAUCCAUCGCAAAUUUCCUGAAAAUGUUGAAUGUUUGCGAUUCCUGGUCAGGCUUUGCACAGAUAUGGGACUAAAAGAGGUGCAGGAUUAUGCCACCAAACUCAAGAAAGUUGAAAAAAUGAAGGAGAUCAGAGAGCAGAGGGUGAGAUCUGGAAGAGACAGCAGUGCUCGAAGCCGCAGGGAAGGCAGCGCUGGCAGUGGGAGCAGUUCGAGCCCCAUCAAUACCCCUCCUCUGAGAGCCAGUGUUUCUCGUUCUGAAGUUAAGUAUAGUCCUGUGCUGGAGCAGGGCAGAGACAGUGGACAGAGCAGCCACGGCACCAGCGCCAAGGGUGAGAGGCUUAGCGUUAAACUGAAAACUCUUCCAGGAUCCAAUGAGCCGUAUGAAGCCAGCACUCAGCAGGAAAUAGAUGCUUCUUAUGUCGAUCCAUUGGGGCCUCAAACACAAAGGCCAAAAACUGCAGCAAGGAAACGCAAUGAGGAGGAUGAGUUUGCUGAUGAAGAGCUGGGAGAUGAUUUACUGCCUGAGUGAAGAGAGCAGCAGGAGUCCAGUGGAAACAAUGAUCCAUCUCUAGAAAGUACAUUAGUCUGCAUUUUGAGCUCAAACAAGAGUACCUUAAGCUAAAUAUACAUUCAUUUCAAUAUGCUGAACUAUAUUUAUCAGAGAAGGCAUUAUCUAUAUAUAAUUGCAUUUAAGAAAUACAUUACUCAUCCUGAAUUAUUUAUUCCAUCUGUGAGUUAUGAUGUAAAUAUAUUUGUGAGAUAUUAAAAAGAAGGGUUGUGGAGAUUUUA